AUGAGUGACCCAUUAGCAGAUUAUACCAAUUUGUCUCAUGACGAGAUUGAUCCUUCAUCAGCAAAUGCUGCUGAGUCUGAACAAGCAGAACCAGAACAACAAGUAUCAGAGCACUACGAACCUCAACCAGAAGAACUCACAUAUGAAAAUGACGAAAAUGUGCUUAAUUCCAUAAAGGUCCAAAAAAUCACCGAUGCGGAAGCAAUAGGGGAAGUUGUGCGUAAGAAAGUGAUUAGGGAUUCCAGACCACAGGGAUACCAACAAGACGAUUUUAAUGACAACAGUAAUGUGACAUUAGGCUCUCGACCAGGACACCAACAAACCGAUGAAAUCGAUAUUUCUAGUAUGGACCCACAACAAAGAAAGAGAUUUGAAUUGGAAGAAAGAAUGAGUGCUGCCAUAAAACCAUCGAAUAAAAGAAGAAGAAAGGCCGAUGAAGAUGACCUUGAAAGAAUGCAAGAUGAUAAAAUUGAUUAUUUAAAGGAUCAAAUGAUUAAAGCUGCCAAUUCUGAUGUUGAAAAGAAUUCUCAAGGUCAAAUUGCUACUGAAAAAUUGAAAUUAUUGAAAGAAGUGAGCGAUAUUUUGGCAAGAGCAGAUUUAGCCAUACCUAUUUUAGAUAAUAAUUUAUUGGAAGCAGUAAGAUUAUGGUUGGAACCAUUACCAGAUGCUUCGAUGCCAGCAUACCAAAUACAAAAAGAAUUGAUCCAUGCAUUGGAAACGUUGCCAAUAAAGACCGAUCACUUGGUUGCCUCGGGUAUUGGAAAAGUAUUAGUGUUUUACCAACGUUCUAAAAGAACUGAACCUCUGUUGAAGAAAAUUGUCGAUAGAUUAAUUGGUGAUUGGACAAGACCCAUUUUGAACAAAUCUGACUCAUACAAAGACAGAACUGUUCAAUUUCAUGAAUAUAAUAGAAACAAGUUUACUAAUAAAUUGUCAAGAGGUGUUAAAAAAAGAGAAGCUAAAACCUUAUAUGAAGAAAAUGCUGAAAGAAGGAAGAGGGCGGCUAUUCCAAGUACAAGAACUACGGCUUAUAAAAUUGCUCCUCAAGUUGACAAGAGUUUGUUGAUGAGACAACAAUCUAGACAUGCAAGCAAUGAUGAAAGAUUUAAGAGAAUUAAUCUGAAAUUGACGUCAAUGUCUGUGAAAAGAAAGGCAGCCAAAAAGGGUGGUCCAUCGAUUGAAGGUAGAGAUUUGGCAAUGUAA